CCAGACAGGAGCUAUCUAUCAGACCGUACCUUUCUCUUCCCUUAUCACUCCCAUCACCAUCCCCAUCCUCCAUCGCCCUCCUUCCUUUUCCAUCGUCUAUAACACAUACGAAAGUUUAUUCUUUUUAUCAAUCUGAUUUCAUCCACUGUCACUCUCUCGAAACAUUAGCUUGGCUUGGUCAUCAUGAAGACUGCCUCCGUCCUUGCAGCCGCCGCGCUGGUCGGCGCUGCUUCCGCCAAGGUCCACAAGCUCAAGCUGGACAAGGUGCCUCUCUCUGAGCAAUUUGAUAAACGCAGUAUGAACGACCACAUGCGGUCUUUGGGCCAGAAAUACAUGGGUGUCGUCCCCGAGGGCGUCUACGAGGAUACCUCCAUCCGACCUGAGGGCGGUCAUGAUGUUCUGGUUGAUAACUUUUUGAAUGCUCAGUACUUCUCAGAGAUCACUAUCGGUACACCACCCCAGAACUUCAAGGUUGUCCUCGAUACAGGCAGCUCGAACUUGUGGGUUCCUUCGGCCUCUUGCAACUCCAUUGCGUGCUACUUGCACAACAAGUAUGACUCGUCCUCCUCGUCAACAUACAAGAAGAAUGGCAGCGAAUUUGCCAUCCAGUACGGCUCAGGUAGCCUUGAGGGCUUCGUCUCCCGUGACGUUGUGACGAUUGGCGACAUCACCAUCAAAGAUCAGGACUUCGCCGAAGCCACUAACGAGCCUGGCUUGGCUUUCGCCUUUGGCCGCUUCGACGGUAUCUUGGGUCUUGGUUUUGAUACCAUCUCUGUCAACAAGAUCGUUCCUCCUUUCUACAACAUGCUGAACCAGAAAACUCUUGAUGAGCCAGUCUUUGCUUUCUACCUUGGCGAUAGCAACAAGGAGGGUGAUAACUCCGAGGCCACUUUCGGUGGUAUUGAUAAGAGCCACUACACUGGAGAGCUAGUCAAGAUUCCCCUUCGUCGAAAGGCCUACUGGGAGGUAGACUUUGAUGCCGUUGCUUUCGGUGACAAUGUUGCUGAGCUCGAGAACACUGGUGUCAUUCUUGACACUGGUACCUCCCUCAUUGCUCUUCCUUCUACUCUUGCUGAGCUCUUGAACAAGGAAAUUGGUGCCUCAAAGUCUUGGAACGGUCAAUACACUGUCGACUGCACCAAGCGUGACUCUCUCCCCGACCUCACUGUCACCUUAAGCGGACACAACUUCUCCAUCACCGCUCAUGACUACGUUUUGGAAGUCCAGGGAUCCUGCAUCAGUGCCUUCAUGGGCAUGGACUUCCCCGAGCCUGUCGGUCCUCUCGCUAUCCUCGGAGAUGCUUUCCUUCGCAAGUGGUACAGCGUCUAUGACUUGGGCAACGGUGCUGUCGGUCUUGCCAAGGCCAAGUAAACCGAUUGACGAUUUGCUGAACUGCACGAAAGACUACUGGCAAAUGCGGAAACAUGCGCUAACGACAAACUAAGCAACCGUUCUUCUCUGGCCUUUGUGCGGCAUAGAUGAACAGAUUGCAAGAGAUACGAGUCUCGACAUGAGAUACCAGCCUAGCUUACUUUGAAUUUUAUCCUUUCUGUUCGAUUGCUGUUUUUCUGAUUCGAGGUCUCUGCAAUGUAGUAUAUCGCACUCUUUAUGGUUGACCCUCUGAGUAAUUGAAAUAUGCAUAUAUAUCUAUAUCAAUCUAUAUUUGUUGAUUAUAGCA